ACUCAAGUGAUUUUCGAGUUAUGGGUAAAAAUUACCCAUAAUAAUCACUCGAAUUUAAGUUAAUCACUCAAAAAGAGAUUAAAUUAAUUUCGAUUGACAAUCAAGUUUCAAUUUGAAAAGUUUUCAAACUCACACGAAAAAAGAAUAACAAAAAAUAACAAAAGAUGGAGCCAAAGUCGUUCGGGUCUAAAUGUAGACAGAAAUUAAAAUCAUUGACAUUUUUGUGUAAACACUAAACUAAACAUGUAAUUGAUUUGACAAUUUUCGAUUAAAUUAAAUGAUAGUUUUGAUAUUUAUCCAAUUUAGUGGAUAGUCUUUAUUUUACAAGUGAUUAAUUGUUAUCCUACUUUAAUCUAAUCCAAAGGGAUUCCAAAUCAUCUUCAAGUAAGAAACAUGAGUGAACAACAGAUGCAAAAAGAUUUAACACAAAUUUUUAAUUCAUCAGAAAUGGUGGUUAUCAAAUUUGUUGAAAAAUACAUGGAUAUUAUUCAAAAUGAAAAUAUGCUGGACUCUGACAGAGAGGGAUUGAUGAAAAUGAAGAAAGCUCUGAAAGCGAUUCAUAACAGUGGUAAUUCUCACUGUGAUAAUGAAGUUUACCUUUCUAAGGUAUUGGAUAAGUUGGGUGAAAAUGCCGAGUUUAAAGACAAUGAAUUUGAGAUUGGAGCUGCAUUCAAAAAAUUCGCCAUUGUUACCAAAGAAUUGUCAAAUUUGUUGGGAACUUUGAUGCAAAGUAUGAAAAAUAUUGUCAUGUUUCCUUUGGAAAAUAUUCUUAAAGGGGAUUUGAAAGGAGCUAAAGGAGAUCUAAAGAAGCCUUUUGAUAAGGCUUAUCGAGAUUAUGAAUCAAAAUUGGCCAAAAUUGAAAAAGAGAAAAAAUCUCAAGCUAAAGAAUCUGGACAUUUUAAAAGUGACAGUUCACAUGUAGAUGAAGAAUGUGACAAAGAGAGAAAACUUUUACAACUCACUUUAUGCGAGUAUUUAAUCAAAGUGAAUGAAAUUAAGACCAAAACAAGUGUUGAAUUGUUAUCCCACCUAAUCGACUAUUAUCAUGCUCAAACGAGCUACUUCCAGGAUGGCCUUAAGACUAUCGAACAUUUUAAUUACUACAUCGCUGAGCUUUCCAGUAAUUUACAAACAAUUAAACAACGACGAGACGAAGAGAGAAAAAGUCUAAUUGAACUUCGAACUCUUCUACGAUCAACUUCUCCUUCUAUUGAUGGACAACAAUCAAAGGAUCUAAACAACAUUACCUUUAACCAAUUAAGUCAUUCGGGUACAUCAACUGUUGAUCGUCGUGAAAGUCGAGGCGGUUAUACUCUCCAUCAAAUUCAAGGGAACAAAAAUUAUGGUGUCUACAAGCUUGGUUACCUUUUGAAAAAAUCUGAAGGUAAAAUGAAAGUUAAAGUUUGGUUUAAACGACGGUGUGAAGUUAAAGAUGGUUAUCUUUAUGUCCAUCAUUCCGAUGAAUCGAAAGCACCAACCAAAGUGAACCUUUUAACCUGUCAGGUUAAACCCGUUCCCGAUGAGAAGAAAUUUUUUGAUCUAGUUUCUUGUGAUCGUACCUAUCGAUUUCAAGCGGAAGACGAAAAUGAAUGUGAGGCCUGGAUCUCGGUUUUAUUGAACAGCAAAGAGAAUGCUUUGAAAAAGGAAUUCGAUUCUGCUCCCGUCUCACUGGACAGUUCAUCUCUUAUGGGAGGAUCUUACCGAUCGGGUAAUCAUGCUUCUCAAUCGUUAAUUGAAUUGAGACAAAGUGUAAUAAAUCAAGUUCUCAAACUUCCUGGCAAUGAAAAGUGUGUCGAUUGUGCAUCUACCAAAGAUCCAACCUGGUUAUCUACCAAUUUUGGUGUUGUCCUUUGUAUUGAAUGUUCCGGAAUCCAUCGUGAUCUAGGUGUCCAUAUUUCUAGAGUUCAAUCAUUGACCCUUGAUAAUAUUGGAACCUCUCAGCUUUUACUUGCUCGAGUCAUGUCCAAUGCUGGUUUCAAUGAUAUAAUGGAAGCCAUUUUAGAUCCAACUAGAAAACUACAACCAACCAGUUCAAUGGAUGAACGAUUUGAUUUUAUACGAACCAAAUAUGUUGAUAAAAAGUUUGCCCUUCGUUCCUGUAGUGGUGAUGUUAACGAUCUUAAAAAUGAUCUUGAACAAGCAAUUUUAUCUCGAAACAUUUACCAAGUGUUACAAGUAUUCGUUGAAGGUGGUAACCUUAACUGGACCUUGCCCAGUUUCACCGGUAAUAGUGAAGCGAGUCUUCAUAUUGCCAUUUCUCGAGAAGAUGGUACAUCCCUUCACAUAAUUGACUUUUUGGCACAAAAUAAUGCCGAUCUAAAUAUUAAAAAUCGACAAGGUAACACACCUUUACACUAUUGUGUCCUUCAUAACCAAAGUGAAUGUAUGAAAAUAUUACUCCGAUGUGGAGCUAAUCCUUCAAUUAAAAACAACGAAGGUAAAACACCUCUACAAUUAGCUAAAGAAAAGGAGCUUUCUAAUCUAAUCGAAUUGUUGGAACAUGCUAAUGCUAACAAGAAAAAUUUAUUCGAAAAUGUUAACACUGACUGGGGUCUUCCAUCGGUACCCAUGGAAGAUAUUUUAACAGAUUUUAGUGAUGAGGAUAUUAUUGAUGAAAAGUUAAUGACCAAACAAUGCUACGAAUGGUUAUUUUCUGAUGACAAUAGUAACACAAACACUGAUAUUAGACGAUUAUUUUUAAAUGGCUCAACAACUGCUGAUCUUGUUAUUAGUUCACCAAACAGAGCGUCGAGUGAGUUGACCUCAAAGCGAGAAGGUGAAGAUGAUGAUGAAGAUGAAGAAGUGUGUUUAUUUUCCUCCCUGGAUCAGUCAUUGUCCGUUGAACAUCUACCACAAUUAAAAAUUGAUUAUACUAAUCUGCCAACAAGUCACCAACCACAGUUUCAACUUCCCUCUAGUUUCAUAAAUCGUUCACGUCCAUCAAGUGCUGCUGGCAGUGAAUCACCUUUAACAUCAACAUUAACCUCAACUACAACUAAUCAAGACCUCAAACACACACCAGGUAAAGGAAAGAUAAUCUCAUUAUUUGGUAACAGUGGAAGUAUAAAAAAGAAAGCACCAAAAGCACCCAAAGUAACAACAACAACCUCUUCAAUUACCACCCCAACAACCAGUUUAGUGUCUACACGACAAGGACAAUACUCAGUUGAAGAAAAACCCAAUGAAUCACAUUCUACCUCUACUGCUAUUACCACCGCCAACCAAAAUGAAUCUCCCUCCUCUGUAGCCUCAUCCAAAUCUCCAUCUUCAUCUGAUGGUAAAAUGUCAAUUUCUCGAGCUGGACGUCUUUAUCUACACUCAAGGGCGACCAGUGAUACUAGUGCACUUAUGCAGAAAGUUACUCAGUGGAAAGAUAUUUCGGCUGAACUUGCAGUUACAUUUAAAAACGACCCUUCCUCCGAAACCAAAGCUCCAUCUUCCUUAAAACCCUCUCCAAUCAAUGUACCAUCUCCCCUUUCCACCUCACAAGCUUUAAAUCGAUCAACAACCAUUGGUCCUCCGUCGAUUAGAUCACCUCACCACGGUUACCUCUAUGGUUCGUCGGGUAAUUUAAGAGAUUUAGAGAGUAAAUUGUCGGUAAAAACUGGUACAACACCAAUUCAAACAUCCAAACAAUCAAAUCGUAGAUUAAGCAAUGGCCAAUCAAUUGAAAAACUAACUUCGAUAUCACCACCAUCAAUACAACCAACAGUGACAACAAUUGAUUCUGAACUAGUUGCACGUAGUUUACCUGUACCACCUCCAAGAAAGCAACGAACUGACAUUGCAACAGGUCGCAUUCGUAGAUGUCAAGCACUUUAUGAUUGUGAAGCUGAAAGAGAUGAUGAAUUAACAUUCAAAGAAGGUGAAAUAAUUUUAAUUUUAAGUGAAAAGACUGAUGAUGAUGACUGGAUGGAAGGAGUAGUCGAAGGUGACCCCGAUAGAAAAGGCGUUUUUCCAACUAGUUUUGUUCAACUGUUAUCCAAUUGAAAACCUUUGGAUUUAAUCUAGGAAAUUAAUCAAUCACCCGGUCGAAAAGGCAACAUAGCAACGUUCAUAUACUCAAAAAUUUCAUCAAUUCAUCUAAUUGUUAUCUUCAUUUUCCAUCAUUAACGUUAAAAAAUCAGUUCCAGAUUCUUUUAAUUACUGAAAAACCAAAACAAAUGCCACAUUCAUUGGAUUUUCCAUGUUUUAGUUACCAUUUUUAAACAAACUCUCUUUCGUAUUCGUCCAAUUUUAAUAAUUAUCAGUUGUCAUUGUUUCCUGAUUAUGCUCAACAAAAAGCGAAUCAUAAUUGCGAUAAUUUUGAUGGAACAGAUUAAUCUGCAAUAUUCAUCGCUUUUCUGGCUUGAAAUUCAAACAUCUUCUAAAAGGUGAUGAUCUAAACACAUCAAACUUUAUCCAAGCAACAACAUAAUCCCAACUAAACACAUAGUUAAUUGUGAUCAAUGGUUAUUAUUAUUUUUUGAUUUUACAAUUUGAUUACUAACUGAUUGUUAUCCGGAUAAAAUCCCGUAAAUUUUAUUUCAUUCAAUCAAGUACUUCCAGAUAAACUUGCAACAAUUUAACCUUCACCUGGAACGCACAGAAACACAACUACCCCUCCAAUUGAAUUCAGUUAAUUGUCAAAAUUAGUUGAUUUUCUGAAUAUGUUUUACUUCAUAUUAACUGUCCCAUUGCAACAGUUUAACACAAAAAAAUCAACAGGAACAAUCAGCAAAUUGACAAAUUCAAGAAACCAAAAUUUAUCACCAGUUUAAUAAUGAUUAGAUUAAUCACUUGGAGAAUUGAAAACAAUGUUGAAAUUAUUCCCAUUUAUUGUUAUUCAUUCAUAUUUAAAGAAAUCAUCACCCACCUUCAUCAUCAUAAAUCAAAAAUUAGUGUUACAAUUAUUUCAAAUUGUAUCAAAAAGGAGAAACAAUUAACAAAAACGAAGAUAGAAACGCUGAAUUAAGACACCAAGAAAAUGCGGAUCAAUAUUUCCCGCUAAUUGCAAUUGGCGAUAAACUAAUAUUUCACUUUCCCAGAUUUAUAAUUAACUCGCUCGGACAAACCUGUCUAGUCAAUCAACAAUCUUGUUAACUUCAACAAUUAUCAUUAACUCCAAUUAAUGAUGAGAUUAAACUGUAAAAUGUAUUCUCGCUGGUUUUGCUCAUCUCUCCUGCAUCUUCAAUUUUUGAUUCACAUCAUUUUUGCCUUUAGUUUUACCAUAAACUCAUCAUCAUUUUGCCUUCAUCAUCAUCUUAAUUAACAUAAUUAUCAUCUUUGAUUCUGGUGGAUAGGAAAAGGAAAUGAGAGAAAAAAAGGAAAAACCAAAACGAAACCAAUCACCAUUCAUUUCUAUGAUUAACACUAACACUUGAUUACAAUCAACAGUUACAUCUUUCUCUUGAUUUCAUUUCUUUUUCAAGGUCAUUCCGACAAAACCUUCAACUUUCACCUCGAGGUUGCAAAUUAAAUCACAAUUUAAUUUGAUUAUUUGAAACCAAGCCGUAAAUGUUUAUUUUGUCACUUCCCACCUUCAAUGUUUCAACCUUUUGCUUUAUGUUUUUGACUUUUCUCUCUCUAUCUCUCUUUCUAAUUCAAUUAUGUUGUAAUAAUUGUCAACUCAUUAAUAAUUUAAUUACAAUUCAAUUUCUCACAAUGAAAA